GAAUAUUUAGCUUUUUCGAGAGAAAAAAUACAGAUCUGUGUUUUUUUUUUAAACUUUCAAUUAAAAAUGGUUCAAGCUGCUAAAAGAAAGAGAGGAGCUGCUGCCACUACUGAAAAUUUCAAGGACGUACGUCAAAAGAUCAGAACCAUUGAGGCUGGCUUAAGCGACAAGUCCAACUUGAACAGCAUUGCCGAACUUUCCAAAUACAGCAAAAGCACCAAUGGUCAAAUUGCACAUGCUGCCAUUCACUCCCUCAACCGUGUAUUCACCCAUUUUUUGAUGAAUGGUGAUUUAAAGCGAUUGAAAAACCUCGAUGAGAAUUCAGCUCAAGUCAAAGUGCAAAAGUGGCUUCAUGGACAAUAUGUUGAUUACCUUGUCUAUGUCCGAUCUUUAUUGACCAGUGACGAACCUGGUCUUCAAAUAUCAGCUCUUAAUAUCUUGAUGUCCAACUUGAAGGCAGAAUCUGAAAACAUGAUGAACUCGAGUGGAAGUUAUCAUUUUACCAACGAUAUUUACGGUCAUACUGUUCAGGCUAUUAUCUUUAACCCCAACUUUAACGAGCAUUUAAGAAAGGAAUUGGUCGAAAAAUAUUUAAAUGUCUAUGACGAUUUAAGACAUUACUUUAUGAAGGAUGCCGCUGAAUUGAUGGGACAAGCUUAUAACAAGAACGAACAGAUCAUCAAAGCAAAGAGCAACAAGAGAAUCAAGUUAUCAGCUGAAGAGGAAGGACGCGAAGAUCUUCGUUUGGUUGCUAGAAACGUUUUUGCUAUUUUGGAAGGUAUUCGUACCAUGCCUACCGAGUCAUCUGAAAUUGAUGAAUUCUGGACUGUCAACCCCAACAAGUACGAUCCCAAACCUGAAAAGCCCAAGGGUGAUGAUUUAUUAGGUGAUGAAGGUUUAUUGUCUGAUUCGGAUACUGAAGAGCCCGAGCAGAAGGUGGAUACUACCGGCAUGUCUAAGAAACAAAAGGCAUCACUCAAGAGAAAGCAUCCUCUUUUACAAUUAAGGGUUCAUAAGCGUGGAUUCUCGGAUUGUUGGGUCAGUUUAUUGAGAUUACCUUUGACUGAAGAGAUGUACAAAAAGAUUUUGUUGAUCUUGCACAAGCGUAUCUUACCUCACAUGGCUGAACCCAAGAUAUUGAUGGAUUUCUUGACCGAUUCUUUCAAUGUUGGUGGUGCUGUCAGUUUAUUGGCCUUGAACGGUUUGUUCACCUUGAUCACCGAACACGGUUUGGACUAUCCUGAUUUCUAUAAGAAGCUUUACUCUUUAUUGGAUAGAAACUUGAUGCAUGUCAAAUACAGAUCUCGUUUCUUUAGAUUAUUGGAACUUUUCUUGUCCUCUGCAUAUCUUCCUGCUGCUUUGAUUGCCAGUUUCAUUAAGCGUAUGGCACGUUUAUCCUUGACUGCUCCACCUGCAGCCUGUGUGAUUAUCAUUCCCUUCAUUUACAACUUGUUCAAGCGCCAUCCUACAUGUAUGUGCUUGAUUCAAAGCAGUAGCGAGGUUCAAGAAGCCAACGAUCCCUUUGAUAUGGAUGAGAUGGAUCCUUAUGAGUGUAAGGCUAUUGAGUCUUCUCUUUGGGAAGUUCAAACCUUGAGCCAACAUUAUUAUGCUAAUGUGUCUACACUUGCCAAGAUCUUUGGAGAACAAUUUUUGAAGCCCAAGUAUAACCUUGAAGAUUUCUUGGAUCAUACUUAUGCCACUUUCUUUACUACAGAAAUUGAUCGCAAGAGAAAGAAGGAACCAGCAUUGGCUAUUGGAAAGCCUUCAGCAGUGACCUGGGAAAUUUAAAUUUUUCUUUGCACUUUACAACCAAUCCACACACACACACACACUCACACACACACACCUUUGUUUUAUAUGAAAUACCACACACAACACAUCUUUUUUGUCUCUCCUCC